AUGAAUAACUAUCAUAUUUACGAUGAGAUAGGAAAAGGCAAGUAUUCAGUUGUGUACAAGGGAAGAAAGAAGAAGACUAUUGAAUAUAUGGCAGUGAAAUCAUUGGAGAAAAGCAGACGCACAAAACUUUUGAAUGAAGUCAAAAUGUUCUCUGGUCUCAAACACCCCAACAUCUUGAAGUUUUACCAUUGGUAUGAGACGCGUAAUCAUCUCUGGGUCAUUUUGGAGUAUUGUCCAGGAGGUGAUCUGAUGGCACUGAUUGAAGCAGAUCAAUAAGGCUUACAAGAAAACAUAGUGUUACGUUUCGUGAGGGACAUGGCUGCAGGAUUAAACUAUUUGCAUUCCAAGGGCAUAAUCUAUUGCGAUUUGAGACCAUCGAAUGUGUUAUUCAAUGAAUAUGGAGUAGCCAAACUCAGUGAUUUGGGAAAUGCAAAGCGCUUGGUGGACAUGAUCUCAGCCACCAUAGGUCCAGAUGUCGAGAUGUCCAAAAGAGGAUCACCCUAUUAUAUGGCACCAGAAUUGUUUCACGAGGGUGGAGUAUACAGUUUUCAAAGUGAUUUGUGGGCUCUGGGAUGUAUUGCAUAUGAAUUAUGUAUUGGAUAACCUCCAUUCUAAUGCAGUAGCUUUACAGAAUUAGUUGAAUUGAUUUUGAAUGCAGAAGUCAAACCAUUAGAGGUCUAAUGUUGGGAUUUCAUUAAAGGAUUGCUGGAGAAGGAUCCUCUCAAAAGAUGGGGAUGGGAGAAAAUUUGUAAAUUCCUUAAUAUUUAAUAUUUGAAUGUGCCAUCUCAACCGCAUUUUGAAACUUGGUGCAAAAAAAACAAUCUUGUUAGAGUGACUCCUGUUCAAUAGAAUAACAAAUAGGUGGACAUUGUAAGGUUGUCCUUGAAUGUCCAUAAGAAUAUGUUAAGGGAAGAUGUGCCCAGCAGUUCUCAAUAACAAUAAUAUCAUAAAUAGAUUAGUAGUAACGAGAAGGAUUUCAAGUUAACAAACAAAGACCAAGAAAUAUUGAUAGGAUCAGAAUAAUAAUAAGAUGAUGAUGAAAUUGAUAAAUAACCAGAUGAAUUCUAAACUAAUGUUUAGUCAGAUUUAAAUUCAAUUAAUUCACCGCAUUUGCAACAGAAACCAUUCACUAUCAAAAAAGACUCGGUGCAUCCAUCUACUCAAAGUCUUCUUAAUUAAUCCCCUAUUCCUGGAGGAAUUACACCUUAAUAAAAGAAGGCAAAUGAAAAUGAUCAAUUAAUUCCGAUUGAUUAAUUGUUCACUCAUAGUUCUGAUAAUUCAGUCAAACCCAUCAUUGGUAAUAGAGAGAUUGAAAAAUCAAUAGAUGCUACAUUUGCAAAGGAAUCAUUACCUUUUUAAUAUAUUAAUGCAGAUGAUGUUAAUCGAAAUAUUGAAACUGAUUAAAUUGAAUAUCACUUUGAAUAAAUUUACAAUUCGUUACAGGUAGCCAAAUAAUAGGAAUAAUUAAACAUUCUAAAUUACUUUGAAUAAAUUAUUUAGACUUCUAAUGCAGCCAAUCGUUUAAUCAAUUCCGCAUAUGUUUAAUUAUUAUUAAAAUUACUCACAGUCAGUAAAUUAACAUAAUUGAAAUACCGAAUUUGUUGUGUUUUAGGCUUAUUGCUUCGACAUGCUACAGUUAUUGAACCUGAAGUAUCAUAACAUGGAAUACCAGAAGCCAUGGUGGAAAUAUUAAAUUCAAAGGAAUAGAAUAAUGUUCGAAGAAAGGCAGCAGCAGCUUUGGGAGAAUACUUAUUUUAUGGGGCAACUCAAAUGGAAGAAGAUCCUUAGAAUCCUUAUUGGAAGAUGAGCAAUAUCAGCUUCAAUUAAUUGAUAAAGGUUAUUAAAUCACAGAAUGAAGAUGAAAUCGUGAAAUUCUAUUGCAUUAAAACCAUUGAAAACAUUUCAUCUUAAUCCAUAUCUAUAGGAUAGAGAUUUGCCAAAUCAGAAAUAGUUUUGAUGAUUCUCCAAUGCUUUUUGUCUACCAAAAAUGAUAGUUUAAGAAUCAGUUGUGCCAUUACCUUAGCUAAUCUAUUGAUGUUGGACAAUCAAUAAGUUGAUGUGUUUAUGUAGAAUCUUGGCUUGAAGAGUUUAGUUUCGGUAUUUGUUUUCUCUCAUUUAGUCUAGAUAUUUUUAGAUAACUUACAGAGAGUAUAAUAGGCUAUGAUUACAAUAUUCAACAUUCAUCUUCUACAGAGUGUUAGCACACAAGAUUCAUCAAGCAAUAAUGUAUCUUAAUUGGCCUCAAAUGCUGUCAAUAAAUUAUUGAUGGAAGAAUCAUAAUUAAUAAAAGGGUUAGUUUAUUUAUUGGAUCAUGGUAAUGCUGUCAGCAGAGGGAAGGCAGCUAUUGCACUGAUGCUGAUGAUUAAAUUCAAUAUAGUCACUCUUAUCAAUCUAUCAGAAGAACAAUUAAGAUUCUACCAAAUUCUAGAUAAAGGACUCAGAGACAAUAAUGAUUAUUUGAAAUAGUGCUUGUAACAUUUAGUACAAUAACUAUGUGAUUGCACUCCUAUUAUGAUCACCUAGAUUAAUCAAUCAUUGACUGAUUCAUAAUUGAUGGAAUACUCUCCGAAGAAAACUAAUGGCAACUAUUUAAAUGUGUUAUUCUAAUACUCACAAACUCCAGUCUUAUAGCAAUCCCUAUUUUCCUCUCAGUAUUUACCAAUCCUAACAGAAUUAUUGUCAUUAUCAAAGAAUAAAACUCAAAUUCAAACUACUCUAUUGAAUAUUAUGUCCAAGAUGUGUACGAACUCAAAGAUUUUAAUAAAGCAACAAUAAGUAAUUAUUUAACAAGUGCUCAAAAAUUGCAUUGAUUAUAUGGUUAAGUAAUAGAGCACUGAAACUAAAUUUAUGUUUUUGAAGUUGAUCAUAGAUCUACUUAGUGCUCUAUUGUAGGAAGAGGGGAUCUAUGAUUAUCCCAAUUUCUUGAAGCCGUACUCUAAUGAAUUGAAUAACAUCAUUAUUACUCUCAUACUCCCUUUGUUGAAGGAAUUAUUCCAAGAAUAACCUCCCUUACCAUUUUAUGCACUCAAAUUAGCAUCAAUUCUCCUAACUUACAAUUCACUCUUUCUCCCUCAUUUCAAAAGAUAUGAAGUCCUCUAGGCCAUAUUAGAUAUGUACAAGCCAGAUAGUAAUAAUAUCACAGGCCAUACUUUGAAUAUCAUUUAGAAGAUUGUUGAAGGCAGUUCAAUUGAAGAUCUCAAGCAAUUCUAAAUUAUUGAUAAGUCAGUUCAAAUAUUUGUAUAAUUUACAAAACAGAAGUAAGAAUGGGCUUUUGAGGAUCUGUCUUCUAUUAUGGUAGCAAUCACAAGCAAAAUCAUCAAUGAAUUACAAAGAGGGAACAACAAAAUAAUAGUGAGUCCAGAUAAUACUUUGAUUCCUUAACCCUUCCCAUAAGAAUUCUUAUUUUUUUAGGACCAAUUCUAUUUCACCCUUCAAUAUGCUUAACAAUUAAUUGGUAUUUCUACUCCAGGCUGUCAAUUAACUCUGUUCACUUAUAUGUUGCAUUUGGCAUAUUUUUAUCCAGGAAAACUAUCCUAAAUAAGGUAGUAAUUAUUUAAUUAAUUAAUUCCAUUACUAUGUCCUUAAUUGAAUAAGAGAAUCAUCAAAUUGUUACAUUGGAUGGUUGUAUUGAAUGAACAAAAACCAUUUAAGAUAGAAAAGAAAGAAAUCUUAGUAUAAGUUUUGGAAAAAUAUCAAAAGGAAGACAAAUCUAUUGCUAUGGCUGCAAAAGAUUUGAUGAAAUAUCUUCUUUGA